UAAAAGUGAAUUUACGUUCAUAUUGUAAAAUUUGCAAAAUAAUUUUGGCAAACUUAAAAUAAUUAAAAUAAAGUUAUGAAUUUUUUAAAGGCAUUUGUACGAAAUUCUUAUCCUUCGAUCAGCAAGUUAAAGUUAAAUGUGCCUAUUAUAAACAAUUAUCUGGAAACCCGUCUAUGUCCUCCAGUCUUCACAAGAUGGCUACAUACAAGCACCACCUUGGAGAAGUCAUACAAGGUGCAUGGGGAACCAAAAAUUUGGCUGAAAUACAAUGAUGUUGUGUACCCACCUCUGUCUCCUAAUGAACCCCAUAGGCCUGCUGAGGUAGUGCACCAAAGGUCAAAUAUAAAAUACUCUCAAAAGAAGUUGUGGUACAUUGCACAUAUGAUUAGAGGCAUGUCAAUAGACGAGGCUGUGAAGCAACUGUCUUUCUAUGAGAGGAAGGGAGCUGCCAUUGUUAAUGAGAUAUUGUUGGAAGCUCAAGAACUAGCUGUGAGAGACCACAAUGUUGAAUAUAAAUCAAACUUAUGGAUCGAGACGGCAUUCGUUGGGAAGGCAAAAACAGUGAAGGGGAUGCGGAAGCAUGCCCGUCGAAAACCCGGAGUCAUCGAGUACAGGUAUUCACAUUUUUUUGUGCGCUUGAGAGAAGGUCGACCGCCACUCCACUACUACCCUCCCGACCCAACAGGCCAGCAAAUGUUCGAAGACUACAUCCAAAAACUGAGAGAUCGAAACAUCAAAGUGGCCCUGUAAAAAAUUUAAACAAAGAAAUUUAGUUGUGUGUGUGUGUUUUUGUUUGUGUGCAAGUCUGUGAGUGAAUCGGGAAAGAAUGAAAAAUCAGUUUCUUUUUCUGAACAUUUGUAGUGUUGGUGAUGAUUUUGAUGCGAUAAUGACGUAAAAAUGAUGAUGUAAUGACAAUAUCAUCAUUUUCAUCAGUUUCAAAUUCGGUUGCAUGUUUUUAAAAAUUUGAAUCACGUGCUAUCAAGAAAUAAAAUUGAAAAAGUCGUUUGGUACAAGAACACUAA